AUGGAACAAAGAGAAAACAUCAGUGAUAAGAGUAAAACAGGAGUCUUCAAUGAGCCAUCCUAUGCUAUAGACAAGUCUGAUGAAAUUGACUGUGUUGAUACUCUGUUCGGUGAACUUGCAGAGGGCGUCAACUGCUCUGUUUCAGGCCAGGCAUGUUCCAUAAAUGUCUCAGAAUUAAAGUUUCCAGAUGAAAGCUUAGCUUGUUUCAGUUCAUCACUAGAUGCAGAACUUGAAACUUACAAUAAAAUAAGAGAGAGGAUUUCCAAAGUGUAUGAAGACAAAAGUGAAGCUGGUAUGUUGGGAAAGGUCUGCAACAAUAUACAUUUCAGUUACAAGGAGAGUGACGACAGACCCAAGAGUGAUGUAGAUGAAGACUCACAACUAGAGUAUCACAGUGCUGAAGAGCAAGAUUAUUCUGGUCAAAAUACCUCAUAUAUGCCUUUUGCGCAAAUUAAAACUCCAAGGACACAAAAUUCAGAAGCUCUGGAGUUGGUAGAGCCACUUUAUGAAGUUAUAUGUGAUGGAGCCAAAGGUGGGCAAAAUCCUGUUAGCAAAUUAGGUGAUGGUUCUUUUGCCUUGGAUUAUGGUGCUGUUGAUGAGUUUUAUAAUAAAGCAGCUAUACCAGAAUUCUCAAAAACAUCUCAGGACUUCAUAUCACUGAUGGAUUACAAAGGCCUGAAAUGUGAAAAUCAUGAAGAGGAACAAACUGAAGCUACAUAUCAUAGUAAACUUGGUGAAAAUUCCUUUGAAAGUGAUACUGUUGUGAAUAGAGAAAGGGCUUAUCAAAAAUCACUCUCCAUGAGCAGUUCAGAAAAUCAACAAAAGAUGGAGGCUGUUUCUUUUUGUGAUGUUGCACAGUCAUCACAAAUGGCUAUAAAAAAAGGGUUUAAAAUGAAAGAUACUAACAGCAUGUUGCAGAAGCAUGGAAAUACUUGUGUAUUACCACGGGAAAGACCUUCUGUGACAUCCACACAGAUUUCUAGCAAAAAUGCAGACGAUUCAAUUUCUUGUAGUUGUGAAGAAUCAUUUUUGUCUGCAUUUAAUUCUGAUUGUCAUGAUUACAGCCAGAAGACUGUUGAAAGGAAACCAGAUUUUUCUUUUGCACUUCCCAGAAUUCCAAUGAAAGAUGGUCAUUUGUCUUGUGUGGAAGUUCUAGAUAAGUAUGCUGGUAAUAGUACCAGACAUCAAGUAGAUUUUCCUGACUCAGAAAUCAAGUGCCUCACAUGCUUGAAUAAUGCUACAAGUAAUAAUAAAGUUACAGUUAACCAGAGUGUUGAUGCAAGUUCUGAUUUUAGGGCUUGUUUCACUACAAGCAGAGCUACUAGUGCUAAUGCUUCUGUGGUAUCUAAAGCAAACAACACAAAGUUAACAAUGAUGAAUAAAAUCAAGUCUGAAGAAUGGCAGAGUGAGACCUGUAGAAGUAUUGCCUGCAAUACAGAUUUGUCAUGUGUAGGUGGCAGUAUGGAGCAGAUUGCCUCAUGGCUUGCUGAGACAUGGGAAAAUUGUAUCUACAGUGAAAUCCCAACAACUGAAUGGAAUUCACAAAUUAAGGAUCCUUUGGAGUUGAAAAAUAAGUUGAGUGUCAGAGAUUUAAGAGAAAAUCCUGACAGGAUGUUGCAUCUUAGCAAAGAAAUUGAGAAGAAUUAUUCAUCAAACUGUUGUAGGAUGUUGCUGCAGAGAGCUAUAAAAGCAGAAUUGCAGCUUCUAAGAACUCACUAUUGGAUGUGUCAUCAGCACUGCUGGAAGAUUUACAGACUUGUUAUGGAAGAAAGAGAAUGUUUUAACAGGAAUUUUAAAAGUGACAUUUCCAAGACUGAACUAGGGUCAUCUUUGUUGUCUGUUUUUGAAGAACUGAAGGCUAGGUAUGAAAGCAUGAGAGAAAAAUUAGUCAUGGGUAUACCAUUGGAUUCACUGCCCCCAUUAUCAGUAGAGUCAAAAUUGCUCUCGAUCUUUUCUUCUUAUGUUCCUUCAAAGUUAGUGAAAGACAACCUUCUGUAUAA